UUAUUUCCUUUUAUAUAUUAAAAAAAGGAUUUCGUGGCCUCGUGUUGACGCAGAGCCGAGGAUGGUCUAUUGUAUUUGUGACUUCCGGGACUCGUUUUUCCACGGAUCAAGUAAAAUGUUGCACAACAUGGAGCUGGGUGCCGAAAAAGCAACUUUUUUUUCUUGGACUUUAAUUUUUGCGUCGUUUCUUGUCUCUUUGUAGCAAUUUAUUAUUAAAAUGUUUGCAUUAUAGCACACCAUCUACGGGACGCUUUUUCUGCAGCAUGGCCGCGCUGAAGAAUGAAACUUUAAUCCCCGUGGAGAGCGUCACACUUUGUGAUCAAGAUGACGGCGUAAGAGACGAUGAAGUCAACAAACCAGAAGUCUCUAACCAGAGGAAGUCUGUUGGAGAACAACAUUUGGUAUCAGCCUUCAAGCAGAUGAAGCUGGAGAGGGAAGCACAGAAGAACUGGGACUUGUUCUACAAAAGGAACGCUACCAAUUUCUUCAAAGACAGACACUGGACCAGUAGAGAGUUCGACGAGCUUAAGACGUGCAGACGAUCUGAGUCACAAAAGUUAGUCCUGCUGGAGGCGGGAUGCGGCGUGGGGAACUCCAUCUUUCCUCUGCUGGAGGAAGAUUGCAACAUCUUCAUCUAUGCUUGCGAUUUCUCGCCCAGAGCAGUUGACUUUGUCAAAAAUCCCCUGUGCCAUCCCGAGCGCUGCGCCGUCUUCCAAUGCGACCUCACCCGCGACGACCUGCGGGACAACGUUCCUGAGGGGUGCGUGGAUGCCGCCAUGCUCAUCUUCGUGCUGUCCGCUAUCCAUCCUGACAAGAUGCCGUCGGCUGUGCGCAACAUCCACACGGUGCUGAAAAACGGAGGCGUCGUUCUCUUCCGGGACUAUGGCGUGCACGAUCACGCCAUGCGGAGGUUCAAAGCCAGCAGCAAGCUGGCAGAUAACUUCUACGUGCGACAGGAUGGAACCAGAUCCUACUUCUUCUCCAAAGACUUCCUGGCGGCGCUCUUCUCGGAAGCGGGCUUCUGCUGCAUCACCAUAGAGUACGUCCAGAGGGAGACGGUCAACAAGAAAGAAGGACUUUGCGUUCCCAGAGUUUUCCUGCAGGCCAAGUUCACCAAAAAAGAAUCAUGAGGCCGUUGCACACACGGAGAAACACCGAAUGGUCGCAAAAUUCUCGACAUGAUUGUGAAAAAGGACUAUUCACAUUUAAAGUCACAAAUGUGUUCAUAUUUUACACAGAGUUGCCAUUUGUUUCAUAUUCACUGUAAAUGUUUCACUUCAUUUUGGAACGUAUCCAUCAGCUGUCAAUUUUAAAUAUUUUUUAAAAUAAUAGUCGAGUUGUAAACCACAAGUAACUUCAAUGGAGCCCAUGUCGAAAGGACUGCAUUGAAUAUUCAUGUUAUGUCAGGAAAUAUAAAAGCAAAAAGAAA